UGUCUCUUUUCGUACGCUACAUCGGUCACAACAGUGUGAACGGCAUUGAGAUCUGACAUAAACAAAUAAUUUGUUUUUAUUGCAUCCGUAACACGUUUACACUUAUUUAAAUAUUUUAUUCGCAUGUUUAAAUCUUAUCUAAAUCCAAAUAGAAACGUUCUACGAAGUAUUUCCUUUGAUAAGGUUAUACAAAGAGAAGUUCUGUAAAUAUAGUGUAAAAGAAAUAUUUUAUUUUAUUUAUAAUGUUUAACAAAUAAAGACUUGAUAUAUAUAUAUUAAUCGGUAUGAUGAUUAUUCUUAAAAUUAUACAUUUAAAAAUUGCAAAGUAUUUUACUUAAUAUUUAUCACGAUGUCAAAAAAGAAAAAAGGUGAAGCUUGGGGGGAAAAUGGAUUUGAAGAUUGGGGUGGGUAUAUGGCUGCUAAACAAGCAAAAUUAGAGGAGCAAUUUAAACUUGAAGCAAAUAAUGAAUUUAAAGAUGCAUCAAAAAUAUUUGAAGGAAUUGCAAUUUUUGUAAAUGGCUAUACAGAUCCAACAGCAGAUGAACUUCGUCGUUUAAUGAUGGCACACGGCGGAAUAUACCACCACUAUAUGAGGCCAAGAGCCACAACCCAUGUCAUUGCAACUAAUUUACCAUAUUCUAAAAUAGUAAUGUACAGAAAAAGUAAAAAUCCAGUUCCUAUUUGCAAACCUCAAUGGAUUGUGGAUAGUAUAAAGGCUGGUAGGGUUUUAAAUUUUCAAGAUUAUUUACUCUAUUCUCAAUGCACAAGCGUACAGCCUCAAUUAAACUGUAUAAUAAAAGAUAGAAAAAGUAGGACAAAUGGUAAUUUUGAUGCAAAUAGUAAGAUACAAGAAGACAAUAACAUUUUAAUGAAUGAUAACAAAAAUAAUGAAAUGGUAAAAAGUAUUAGUACAAAUCAGAAUAUUGUAAAUCUCUCUGUGCCUCAUACUUCACGAGAUGCUCUUUCGACAAAAAAUUCAGAAUUCAUAUCAGAAUUUUAUAAUCAUUCUCGAUUACAUCAUAUCUCAACUAUGGGAGCAACAUUUAAAGAUUAUGUUAACGAAUUAAGGGAUAAAAGCAAUGGAAAAUUGCCUGGAUUAAUAAGGUUGAAAGAGUUACAUGAUAUGAAGUUAAAUAAAUCAUUAUCUGACUCUCAAUGUAGCUUUAAUAAUGAAAUAUUUGAAGUACAUGAAGAGAAUAAAACAGAUAUUAAUCAAGGACCUGUUAUAAUGCACAUAGAUAUGGAUUGUUUCUUUGUCUCUGUGGGUCUUAGGAAUAAGCCAGAAUUAAAAGGCUUACCUGUUGCAGUAACACAUGCAAAAGGUAAUAAGAAAGUUUCAAGUAACAAUGAAAAUAAAGAUGAUGAACAUGGUUCAUUGUCAGAAAUAGCAUCUUGUUCCUAUGAGGCUAGAAAAGCUGGAGUGAAAAAUGGCAUGUUCUUAGGAGAGGCAUUAAAAAUAUGUCCCAAUUUAAAGACGAUAACAUAUGAUUUUGAAGGCUACAAGGAAGUUUCCUAUGCAUUAUAUGAUACCGUAGCGUCGUACACGUUAGAUAUCGAAGCCGUUAGUUGCGAUGAAAUGUAUGCGAACUGUACUGUAAUACUUCAAGAAUCUUGUUUAACACCAAUGGAGUUUGCAGCUGUAAUUAGGCAGGAAAUAAGACAAAAAUCAGGUUGUCCUGUAUCAACAGGAUUUGGGAGCAAUAAAUUAUUGGCAAGGCUGGCAACCAGAAAAGCUAAGCCUGAUGGCCAAUAUUAUAUAAAACAGGAACACAUUGGUACCUUUGAUGUACAAGAUUUGCCAGGUGUUGGAUGGACAACAACACAGAAAUUAAAUGGUAUUAAUGUGCACACCUGUGCAGAAUUACAAGCGAUUUCGUUAUCAACGUUACAAAAGGUAUUUGGUAAAAAAAUGGGAGAAAUACUGUAUAAUAUGUGCCGUGGUAUAGAUAAUUCAAAACUUAAUUUAGAACACAUUAGGAAAUCAGUCUCUGCCGAAGUUAAUUAUGGAAUUAGAUUCGAGAAUAAUCAGGAUGCAAUAAGUUUUUUGAAAAAGUUAUCCGCGGAAGUAUGUAAUCGAUUGGAAAAAGCUAAUGCAAGAGGCAGAUGCAUUACAUUGAAACUGUUAGUUAGAGCUAAAGAGGCUCCGAAAGAAACGGCAAAAUUUAUGGGUCACGGGUUAUGCGACAACAUGACGAAAUCAAAGAAUCUUAUCGCUCCUAUCGAUGACGUUGACAUUAUAACAAAGGAAGUCAUCGCGCUUUGGAAUCAAAUGCAAAAAGUGCCUGAGGAUGCAAGAGGCAUCGGUAUACAGAUAACCAGAUUAGAAAUAUUGAAAAAUAAAUCGCGCGAUACUCGCUUAACGAGUUUUGUUAACAAGAAUAAACAAAGUGACAAAGUAAAUAAGGGAAAUGAAGUUCAAUCUUUAACGCAUGUAAAUUCUAUCGCGUCCGUUUUUGAAAACAAGAUCGUUCUCGAUAAUCAAGAAACGCAUAUUCUAUCUAAUAUCAACGAACCAAUUUUGUCUAAUAUUCCCGAAAAAACUCAGAACGAAACAUCAAAUUUCAAAGUAGAUAAGAACCUUAUUACUGUAGCAAAUAAUAAGGAACGAGUCGAAACUAGCGUAUCGAAUGCCAAUGAAAAGAAAUCUCAAAAAUGUGUACAAACGCGCCAUGAGCAUUUUUUUAAACAAACUAAACCUGGGGUUUCGAGGUCAACCAAGUUUGAAAUGCCACCCAUAGAAACUAUUGAUAUGAACGUUCUAAUAGAAUUACCCGAAGAUAUACGAAAUGAAAUACUUAAUGAAUACAGUGUUAAAAGAAAUCAGAAUAAUCCGAACAUUAACGAAAAUAAAAACAGAAACUGUACAUCCUCGACGAACGAAACAAACACUGGUGAGCUUAAUCGCAACGAGGAAAAUAUAUCGUUCUCGCAAGUAGAUCCAGAUUUUUUAGCUGCACUAUCGGAAGACAUGAGACGCGAAGUACAAACGUACUGUAAGGCUAAGAAAGCAGAAUGUUUCAACAUCAAGAAAGAUGAAACAUCGCAUAUCGGUGGAGAGGCUGCGAGAGGUCAACAAAAUGUAAAGGAAUACAAAAAAGUUGAGCGUACUUCGAAAUCAAAGAAUAAUAAUAAAAAUUCUAAAGUAACAUCUUCUAAAAAUAAUAAGAAGAAAGGUAUAAAGGCUGCGUUUAAAAACAUAGAGAAUAAAAAUGAGCCUGAAAAUAAAUCGGAUAAAAAAAAUGGUAACGGUGUUUCAAGGUCUUUGGUAUCUUGUGUGGAAAGGAUCGAACCUAAUAAGAAUCAGAUUACUGCGGACGAAACUGAGGCCAUUCUUUCUCACAAUCGAACUAUAACGGAAGAUAAUGAAAGUGCAAUUCAACAUCAAAACAUUUUAAUUGAUCUCGUCAAUCGGUUACUUAAUUUACCUCUAGAACAGGUGAAGAUGCAAAUACAAGUAUGGGUUACUAAUUCUAAAACUGUGAACGAGGUCGAUUUCUUAUCACUUGCAACAUUUCUUAGCAUGCUUCCGGAGAAGAAACGCAUCGAAGAGUUACACAUCUUGUUGAAAACCAUGCAUAGAUGUAUGACAAAAACCGGAAAUUGCAUUUGGCAUAGGACAUACAGGAAAACAGUAAAAUACGUUCAACAUUAUAUGCAGAUUGAAUACAACAGCAAUCUAAUGGUACCACCAAUCAAAUGCAACCUUUUGCAGUGUAACAAUGAUGUAAUGUAAAUUUCAUCGGAAUUUAAUAAAUUAAUAUUUUUACAAUGA